GUCCACGUUGUCUUCCAUUUUCCACCCGCCCGAAAGUGGCCUCUCAACGCUCCCUCUCCAGCACAGAGCUCUCUCUCUCUCCUCUCUCUCUCUCUCUCUCUCUCUCUCUGUUUCUGUUUCCCGAAAACAGAAGCAGAGACAGAGAAGGAAAAACACUCUUCAACGGAUCGUUUCGGCCGGGCAGUUCGAUCUGGAGCUCGGAAGCUUCCCAUUCCCACGAUCUCGGAUCUCUUCUCAACUCAACACCAUUUCCUGUAAUUGAUCGUGAAACCAAGUAUCUAUCAAGCUCUUGUCAUGAAUCUGUAUCAAGAAGUGUAUGCAAGUGAAAAUGGGCAAUCUAACAGUACAAGGGAAGUUAGUAAUGGUGAUAUGGCUGAAGAUGCUGAAAAUAAGUUCCAUGAAAUGUCCCAAAUGAAGCAAGGAUAUCAUGCUGUUCUUCCUGCUGCUAAGAUUUCAGAACUAAUGAAGCUGAAGAGUUUGCAGAACUGCUCAACUCAGUCACUUUUCAGUGUUGUCAAUAAGGCUCUCGAUGAAAGCAUUGAAAGAAAUAAUGGUGAUAUUUCUCAUCGCAUGGGGUUUCUGUUGAAGAAAGUUGUGCAUGAGAUUGAGCAGCAGUUUUCAACCCAGGCUGAAAGUUUCAAAAAGCAAAAUAAUCUGUACAAGACUCUUGAAGAGAAGUACCAAUCAAGAAUGAGAGUACUUGAAACUCUAGCAAAUGGAAUGUCAGUGGAAAAUGAGGUUGCUAUGAAUCUGCUUCAGCAGAUAAAGAUGGAGAAGGCUGAAAUUGAGGAGAAGAAAAAAGUUGAAGAGCAAGAUAUUAUAAGGCUGAUGCAAGAGAAGGACCAUAGUGAUGUACAGAUUUCAGUGCUCAAGAAAGAACUAGCAUUGGCCAAAAAGGAAUAUGACCACCAUUCCUUGCAACUUGAAACACAGGCUAAAGAAAUUAAAGCGAGGUUGGAGAAGAAGUUGGUGGAACUUGAAGACCUUUUGAUGGAUUCAAGGAACAAGGUCAAAGAACUUGAGAAAUUUUCAGAAUCAAAAUCACUAAGAUGGAAAAAGAAAGAGCUGGGCUACAAGAGCUUUCUCAAUUCUCAGUUUGGAUCUAUUCAGGAGCUAAAAGUGUCUUCCAAAUCCAUAAAGCGAGAAGUUUUGAAGAUGCAAAAGGUCUACAAAGAUGAAUUUAAUCACUUAGGGAUGAAGCUUAAAGGACUUGUAGAUGCUGCUGAGAAUUAUCAUGCAGUCCUUGCAGAAAACCGGAAGCUGUACAAUGAGGUUCAGGAUUUGAAAGGAAACAUUAGAGUUUAUUGCCGAAUAAGGCCAUUCCUUCCUGGACAGAGUCCAAAACAGACAACCAUAGAAUAUAUUGGUGACAAUGGGGAACUGAUUGUUGCAAAUCCCUUGAAACAAGGGAAAGACAGUCAUCGGCUCUUCAAAUUUAACAAGGUGUUUGCUCCAACAGCUACUCAAGAGGAGGUAUUUUUAGACACUCGACCAUUAAUUCGAUCUGUGCUUGAUGGAUAUAAUGUUUGCAUCUUUGCCUAUGGUCAAACCGGCUCUGGAAAAACUUAUACAAUGACUGGCCCUAACAUAGCAUCUAGAGAGGAUUGGGGAGUCAACUAUCGAGCUUUGAAUGAUCUUUUCAACAUCUCCCAGAGCAGGAAAAACUCCAUUGCAUAUGAAGUUUGUGUCCAAAUGGUGGAGAUAUAUAAUGAACAAGUUCGGGAUUUACUAUCCAGUGGCACUUCUCAGAAAAGACUUGGGAUUUGGAAUACUACCCAACCAAAUGGGUUAGCAGUCCCUGAUGCUAGCAUUCAUCCUGUUAGAUCAACUGCAGAUGUCCUGGAGUUGAUGAAUAUUGGGUUAAUGAAUAGGGCUGUAGGUGCUACGGCACUAAAUGAAAGAAGCAGUCGAUCUCACAGUGUCCUCACUGUUCAUGUUCGUGGCACGGAUUUGAAAAGCGAUGGUAUUUUGCGUGGUAGUUUACAUUUGGUAGAUCUUGCCGGCAGUGAAAGAGUAGAUCGUUCUGAAGCAACAGGGGACCGUCUACGGGAAGCUCAACAUAUAAACAAAUCACUAUCAGCCCUAGGGGAUGUGAUCUUUGCUCUAGCACAAAAGAACCUUCAUGUUCCAUACAGAAAUAGCAAACUAACUCAAGUUCUUCAAAGCUCUCUGGGUGGUCAAGCGAAGACCCUCAUGUUUGUGCAGUUAAAUCCUGAUGUUGAGUCCUACUCUGAAAGUAUAAGUACUCUAAAAUUUGCUGAGAGGGUAUCUGGUGUUGAAUUAGGUGCUGCAAAGAGCAACAAAGAGGGAAGAGGUAUCAGAGAACUUAUGGAACAGGUGGCUACCCUAAAGGAUGUAGUUGCAAAGAAAGAUGAUGAGAUUGUAAGAUUGCAGCUGCUUAAAUCUAGUGCAAGUAGUGAAAGGCGUGGUAUGAGCUCACCACCUUUUGGGUCUUUGUCUCCAAGGAAACAUUCUACAGGGUCUCCACGACAAAGGCAAACAUUGUCAGAAGGAAAAAGCUCUAGGAUUGCUGACAAAGCAGUUUCUGAUCUGGAAAAUAGUCCAGAGAACAGCGAUAAACGUUCUGAAGCUGGUUCUCUGCAGUCAAUGGAUGACUUUAGACAUCACAAGGAAUUUUUCCAACAAGCAAUGGUUUCUGUAGCAGGUGGACAUCUUAAUCUCACUGGAAACGUUGAACCAAAGCUUGCUUCAGUAGAUGGAAGUCAAAAUAUUAGCGAUGAUACUGGGCUUUUGGAAUUUGGGGAUGCAGAUCCUGGGGAGAGACUGAGUGAUAUAUCUGAUGGUGGACUUUCAAUGGGGACAGAAACCGAUGGUUCCAUGAAUAGUAUAGUGGAGUUCACUCUUUUCCCUGAAAAUGUAAAACCACCAGCAGAUAGUGCUGAAAGAGAAAAGUCCACUGUGCCAAUUAAACUGCCUAGACCUCCACAAAAGCAGAAAGGCUCUUCUCGGCUAUCAUUGACCAGGUUCCCCACAAAAGUUCCAUCAACAGGUGCCAGGAAGACAAUUGCUGGCAGCUCCUCUUCAACCAACCCGACGAGACGACGGCAUUGACAUUGAAGACAACUAGGUGUGGCAGAAAAACUACUGCAAACCUUCUUGUUUGUGAAAUAUCCUGGCAUUCCUCAUCUUCAGCAUUGUUAUGCACAGGCUUCAAUUAGUAGAAAUUCUUGUAACUUUAGAUAAUAUUAUACCACUCAGCCAGUGAUGAUAAUGUAAUUUGUGGGAUAAGAUUUGCUAUUUUGUCGAAUGUUGAAGGCUUGUUUGGAGAGAAGUGAAAGAGAUGGCCAUUCUUGAUGCCACAUAGAUAGCUUGGCAUCCUUAAAAUUGUGCUUUUCAAAUGAAAUGGGAGUGAAGACAUAUCAACCAUUUUAUCAGUCACAUGGUGUGAACUGUGAAAUGUGAUAUCUCCUGUUUGGCUACAGGUGACCUAUGAUAAGUACAUUUACAUCUAUUUUUUAGGCCAAAUAUAUAUUUCUACUCCUGUACUUUCACA